UUUUGACAAUCAGCACAGCUGCAGCCAAAAAAAAAAGAUAAUCGGCGGUGGAAAAAUAUCGUUCAAAUUUCCAUCUCGCUGUGAAUAUUUCCCAAAGUUAUCAGAAAGGUUCAGACACUAUCGAUCGAUCUGGUACCAUUGCGGUAAGGGUUCUCCGUUUGAUUCCAAUCGCGAAAUGCCGACGAUGUUGGAACGGGUUGACAAUGGUAACGAAUACGAGGUUGGUGAGUGGGUUCGCUUCGGACUCCGGCUCGGAGUGACCACCGCUCUGCACCCGUUCGAGUACGCCAAAGUGCUGAUGCAGAUUGGAUUUGAACCGAUUGCCGCCGUGCCGGGGCGAACUCUGCUAGGGAAACCGACUUUAGUUCUUCCGAACGUAUUCCAGUACGCUGGCUACAUCAAGCAAGUCGAUGGCUUCUACGGUUGCUUCCGGGGCCUGAGUGCAAAGAUCAUCGGCAAUGUGCUGAGUGCGCAUUUUAGCGAAAAGAUCGCCGACGAUUUGGGAAUCGAAGCAGUGAAGGAUUCCGAUUCGAAACGCAAGAACAAGGACGAACGAGGGGCUAUCAAUGCGGAGGACGAGGACAAGCUGCUCGAUGAGCAGUUCAAGAAACAGCUCAAGCGCAACUUGGUUGUGCAUACGGCCGGUGUGGUCAUUUCGCAGCCAUUCCACGUGAUUUCGGUCCGCAUGAUGGCCCAGUUCGUGGGCCGGGAGAAAAUGUACUCCGGGGUGUGGCAGUCGAUCCGGGAAAUUUGGUCCCAGGAAGGCAUUUUCGGGUUCUUUACCGGCUUCGUUCCGCGACUGCUGUGCGAUCUCGGCUGUCUGGUCAUUGCCAGCUCGGCCACCUACCUGGCCAGCAAGUACGUGAUCCGGGAGCAGGAGGGCCGCGUUUACUUCUCGAGCAUCUCGCAGUUUGUCGUCUCGAGCAUGUUCUAUCCGUACCAUGUGGCGUCCACUUGCAUGAUCGUCAACGCGUCCAGACUAAAGGCUGGCAGCCUUCCCAAUAUGGAACCGUACGUGGAUUGGCGUGACUGCUAUGCCAAACUGAGGGCCGCUGGACAACAUAAGCGAGGAAGCUCGCUCUUCUUCAGAUACGUCUCGCGUCCGUCGAAAACCGUGGUUUCCAACGCCUCAUUUGCUCCAUACCCGGAGCUCAAGAAGUUCUAAACACAUACCAAAACCGAAAGAAUAAGAUCAAAAGAAAGCAUUUUCGAGCACCACCCACUCUCACCGGAACAAGAAGAAGGCCAACGAUAAAAGAAAGAAGAAAAAGUCUUCUCGACACUUUGUUUUGCCCUUGAUUAGUCAGCGGCGCACACGCCAAAAAAAAACCCCCCGUUAAACCUCCGAAGCAUCGCAAGAGCAAAGCAUACGUCGUUACUGCCGUCGUUUGAUUGUAUUGUAAGUCAGUUUUAACUAUUGUUUUAAUUAUGUUCGCCAGUUUUUUUUUUUUUUUCGUUUCUAUAACAGCGAUUUUUGCUAGAUUUGUAGCUUAGCGUCAUGUGAUGCCCUUACAUUUAAUAGAUUAUGGAACAACAAACACGAGACUUGCUUUUAGGAUUGUGGUAGGACGUGGUAUGAACUCGCUGAUCCAUGUAGACAAUUUAUAGGAACGAACGACUAUCUGUAGCAAUUUUUUGUUCGCGCUUCGGUUGCUCAUGAGUAGCGCACGUUGUGGACAACGUUUUUCUGUUUUGGUUGACGUAGCAUUAUAUAGGUAGUGAUGGUUUGCCGCAAUUAUCGCCCAUGUAUAUAAAAUAAAUUCAUUUCGAAAAUUCA